UAUAUAUCUCUAUAUACAUAUAGACUGGUACAUAGUAAUAUAAAAGUACGUAUGAAUUGUACAUAUCGCAUACUGUUUUACGCAUUGCGUUUAUACAUCAGCUGUCUACCAUUAAAUGCAGUGGUUUUGACAAAAUACGGAAUUGGAGUUAUAUAAGAUAACAAAACGUGAAUAAGUUUGUUUGUUGAGACCCAAUUCCUAAAAAUCAGUUUUGAGAUAACGUCCAACUACUGUAGAGAACGAUUGCCAGUUCGUCAAUCAGCUCUCAACGUUGCAUUUGCUCGUGAACGAAACACCUUUAUAUUUUAAUCAGCGAUACCGUCAUAGGAAUUAUCCUUUAUAAAUACUAAUAAAACAAUUUAUAAUAUUUUCUACUGACAGACUGUGGAUUUUGUGUUAUAAUUAAAUUUUUAUCAAUGACAAGUGUUCAGUAGUGUCUAACGUUAAUUUUGAUAAAGAUUGUUGCUCUUUGUACGUGUCAAAUGUUUCAAAAAAAUUGAUAUGACAUAAAAUAUUGCAAAACUUUUUAAUCAGAUGAUUUAGAAAAUAUCCUGUGAUUAUUACAUAAGUGACAGGAUGUCUGACAAGAUUGAAAUUGAUCCUUUUAGUGAAACACCUCUGGAAUCUCAAAAUUGCGAAGAAAUUCCAGAAACUACCAGAGAAUUAAAUUCAAAGGAUAACUCACAAAAUAUAAUAAAUGAAUUAACAUAUGCAGAACCUUUAACUGCAGAACAAAUACGAUGGUUUUAUAGAGAUGGUGUAGAUAAAAGAUGGGUAGAAUUCUGUGGAUAUGAUAGCUUAAGAAUUGAAUAUGCUUGGCAAAAUUAUCAAAAUUUCCUUAGUAAAAGUAAUAAUAUAACCAACAAUCCACCUGCUGUUGAAAAAAUUGUAGUUAGAGGAGGAAUGUACGAUGUGGAACUAGAUAAAAUGAAAUGUGUUUCAAUAUAUUGUACAGGUGAAGAAUGGGAAAUUAUGAGAGGGACUUGGUAUUAUGAUGGUAGUUGGUUACCUUUAGAGGCAGAACAAGCUAAAAUUAUAGAAGAAGUUCAUCUUAAUCUUUUUCAAAAGCAAAAUUCUGGUCAAUCCACUUCAACAUAUGAUACACCUUCUCACUCUUAUGAAGUAUUACACACGGAACAUUUUUCUGAAUUUCAUGUUGACUGGCAUAGUAUAAAUGAUGUAGUAUUAUAUAGCGAAUAUAGGCAUAAAAAAUUAAUGCGUAGUGUUACAUCAAAAUUAGGUUUUGCAAAAACAACAGGUUAUCAACUAAGAAGAGGAUAUAAAAUCGCAGCUGUAAAGGAAGAUAAACCUCAUGAUAUUGAUCAUAUAAUUUUUGUAGUUCAUGGAAUUGGUCAAAAAGGAGAUACUGGAAAAAUUAUACGUAAUACAACAUUGUUUAGAGACUGUGUAGAUUGGUUGAAACAAAAAUAUUUUCCUAACUCUAACUAUAGAAUAGAAUUUUUCCCUGUGGAAUGGCGUUCAUCGUUAAAGCUUGAUGGAGGUAUAGUAGAGGCUAUCACCCCCUUUAGUGUGGUAAGCAUACGGCACUUAUUAAAUACAUCAGCAAUGGAUAUUCUCUACUACACAAGUCCUCUUUAUGGAGGGGAAGUAAGAGCUGGAUUACAAAAAGAAUUAAAUAGAUUAUACUUUAUGUUCACUAGUCGUCAUCCUGGUUGGAAAGGGAAAGUUUCAAUUUUAGCACAUUCUUUAGGAUGUGUAAUUGUUUAUGACAUUGUCACAGGCUGGAUGGCUCCAGAUACAAGACCUCCAUCUCCAGAAACGCAAGAAGUUUUAAAACAACGAUUACAAUUCCCCAUUGAAAAUUUAUUUUGUUUGGGUUCCCCAUUAUCAGUAUUUCUUGUAUUACGUACACCCUCUCCAUCCAACAAAACAGAUGUGAUGCCUCAAGGUUUAUGCAAAAGAUUUUAUAAUAUAUUUCACUGGUCUGAUCCUGUAGCUUAUAGAAUGGAGCCACUUUUAGAAAGGGGAUAUAGCAAAAUUGAACCUGUUCUAAUUCCGCCAUAUGGAGGAGUUGAUGGUCAACAAACAGAGCAGUCACCACCAACAAUGAGUAAUGCUGACCAAAAUUGUUCUCUUAUAGCAGAUAAUGAUGAAAAAGAAGAAAAUUCAGUAGAUAUGUCUAAUCGUGCACCAGACAAAGGUUGGAGUCUUUGGGGCUUAGUCCGUGCUGGUUGGAAUGUUAAAAAAGAUGUUUCUGCACCUAUCCAACCAGGUCAAGAAUUAACAGAACGAUUGGAUUAUGUACUUCGAGCAAGUUUAGGGAGGAAUUAUUUUUACACAUUAGCAGCACAUACAACAUAUUGGAGUAACUACGAUGUAGCUUAUUUUGUGCUAACAAGACUUUUUCCAACAUUAGAAACAUGAUGUUGGUUUGUAUGUGUAGAAUGAAAUCAGUCAGAUUCUGUUAAAAUUUACUAGUCCAUUGUAGGCCUUUAAAACUUAAGAUUGGGAGUAGGCCUACCACCAAAACAAUCUGUGAUAAUGAAAAAAACGAUACAAUAAUAUUAUAGAUUCUA